UGGGUAAAUAAAUAAAAAAAAACGUGAAGAAAAUGAGAUGUAGGAAUUGGAAAGGUAGUGGUAAAGUAUCCUACCAAGAUAUCACCAGCCUAGAGUCCCACUUUGAUAAGGGAGAGCUGUUCACAUUUAUAUCAUCUACUGGUGAUUUCGAUGUGAUUGCUGAUACUGAGUUCCUUAGGGAAGAUGAAAAGAAGGACGAAAGAGUUGGUCGUAUUGUUGAAUUGAUCAAUGCGAAACAAGACUGGACGCAUUUCGAUUGGGAAGUUGAGUCUUUGCCUGCACAUAUGGACCUUUCUGAUUCAGAACAAGAUGAACCGGCUGAUGUUGCAGAAGAACCGUCAGCUGUUGCAGAGGAACCGACUGUAGUUGCAGGGGAACCGGCUCUUACUGUGAAAAGAGGCAAGCGCAAGCUAAUUGAUCCUGGUGCUGAGUCUCGAAAGAAACAACUGCUUUGUCAACGUGCGGCUGAACACAACAGUGGUGUCUCUAGUGAAAUGAAGACCUUCAUUGAAGGUUUGUUCACCGCUUCUUUCAACUCUUUUAAGGAAGUGGUGCAGAAGGACAUACAUGAGCGUUUUGAAAACGUUGCCAAUGAGGUGGCUCAACUCAAGGAACAAGUCUCUCAGCUUAAGGGUCUAUCGGAAACAGUGGGAAAACGCAACACAUCUGAGAUUCUCUCUCCUUCAGCAACAAUUGGAAAAGACCAAGGACCAUCAUCUCAUAGUACGGGUCCUCCCGCAGCAAAGGGAAAAGGCAAGGCAUCUGCAAAUGUGGAUCCUCCUCCGGUUCGUCGUAGCCCUCGGCCAGUAAGAGAGGAUGUUCAAACUGAUGAAAAUGAAAUGAUGGAUUUUUUGAAGAAUUUGACCAAAUCAGCGAGAUGUGUAGAUAAGGGGACCCAAGACUCUUUACAAGAAGCCAUGGGAAACCUUUCUCAAGCAUCUCAUGUUAAAGGUUUUGAUCCUUCACAACAUCUGGAUGGUGAUGAACCAGCUGAAUUUGCCACUCCACUGUCUUCGUUUAAGCCUGCGGAUUGGAGACCACCUACUCUGAAAGACGUGGACUCACUUGAGGACCGGAUACAUGAUCCCGAUUACUCACUAGUGUUUGUCCCUGAGCUCCACGUCACGCCAGAAGAAGAGGAAGAAUGA